GUCAUCAAUAUAUGGGGGGCGCUUAAGGUAGAAAAUAAGACUGGCUAUUAUAAGAAAUAAGAAGUUAUUGCUUAAACAGAAAUGGACAUUCAAUACAAGUAUAUCUAUAGCUGGGUGGUAGUUUGUUCUUACAUUUAUGACUUUUCUACAGCUGAAUAUACUGUUACAGGACAUGUCCACUCCUCAAUCAUAUUAAACUGCUCAUUAGAUGGAACCAUUACAUGGUACGGCCCUGCCAAAAAUCCUCCUCCACAUGAAGCUGUUUAUUCCUGGAAGAACCAAUUAAAUGCUCCCGAUAUUCCGGAUAACUUGAGACCAAGAUUGUCAGUGGUAGGAGAUUUUUAUCAUGGGAGAUACAAUCUAAAAAUAAAAAAACUACAGGUUACCGACCAAGGACUGUACAUGUGCGAACUCAAAGGUUCGAUCGACAAAUUCAGGUUGAAAGUAAUAGGAGAUUUAACUGUAGAAGUAUCUAAGACAAGCUAUGUUGGAACGAUAGGAGGUUCUGUAACUUUAGGUUGUAUUGUUUCCUCUAAAACCAGUCCUGUCAGUCAUGUAUGUUGGUAUUUUCUGAAUCAAUCAAACGGAAGCUAUAUACUCCUUAAACCUGAUAUUAUUAAAUACAGCAAGGCCACUCCUAAUAAUCCAUCACUGACAAUACAAAAAUUGGAAUUAAGUGAUGAUGGACUAUAUAUAUGUUCGGCAACAAACGAAGCUGGGGUUACUGGAAACAGCACUACAUCAACACAUUUAACAGUUAUCAACAAUGACAAACCAGAUUCCACUGGCAAAAAGAUUGCAUAUAUAUUCGUUUCGAUUUGUUGUCUUCUUGUAUUGGUAAUCAUAACGAUCCUUACUCUGAAGAAAAAGAAACCAAUAUUUCUACUGCAAAUAGCACAUAGAUUUCAGAAGGUUGAAGAUGACGAUUCUAAAUUGUGGGAUGCAUUUGUAUCGUUUAAGUCAGAGGAGGAAGAUAUCCAAUUCGUUUUUCAAAACCUGUACCCUAAAUUGGAAAAACAACUGGGAUUUAAAUUGUGCAUUCAUCAUAAGGACUUCUUACCAGGAAAAGCCAUCACUGCUAACAUAAUUGACGCCAUUGCCAACAGCCGCAGAACAAUAAUGAUCAUCAGCAAAGAAUAUUUGCAAGGAGGCUAUACCACUUUUGAAUACGAAGUGGCUCAUACUGAAAUGAUCAACAGUAAAUCAAAACAUAAAAUAAUUCCAAUUUUUCUGGAUAAAUUUGACAGCUGUCAAGGUUUAAUGGAUGAAACUCUAAAAUGUAUUGUACAAUCCGUAACUUAUAUCACGUGGCCUAAAGGAACCAAUCAAAAGGCUGCAGACUCUUUCUGGAAAAGACUAGAAUUAGCCAUGCCGAAGAAAUCAAAGAAAGAUCGUACAGACUGUUGUGAAAAUUCGUCUUUGUUAAGACGAAGCAUGAUUUGAAAGAUUUAGUUAAUUAAAUUAAACUGAUGACAAA